AUGUCCAUGACCAUCGUAGGUGCCUCCCACCGCCGUGACCUCCAUCCCCAUGCCCCUCCAUCCGCCAUACCUGAUACGACUUGCCUUUCAAACGCGCAGAACCCGCGAUCGGCGGCGUUGUUCGUCGUCGAUUGCUCAUCGACCAUGGCCAGCCCGCAGCCGACGGUGCUCGAGCCCAACUCGUCGCCUCUACAGCUUGUGCCGCUCGAAUUGGCCAAGAGGAUCAUCAAGGCCAAGAUCGUGCAGCGCGUAGGUCCUGCUCCUUGUAUUGACCGUGCAUCGCUUCGUCGGGCAUAGUCGUCGCCUCGAAGCAAAGCACGCCGCACACUCGACGUCCACGUCAACCCAUCGUCCGUGUUGCCCACACAGAUCAUGCGAACACUCAAAACAACUCCCAUCGCGAUCCUUGCCUACGCGGCCCCAAAAACCAAGAACGUCCUCUUUGCGCAAGAAAAGGUCAAGGCCGCAGACGAGGGCACCCACUUUGACAAGAGCGCUUCUCUGUAUCGACACAUGUACAUACAGCAGCCCUUCACCGCCGACAUACACGUGGGAUUGUUGGACGUCGUCGAUCAACUACAAGGCGAUCAACCGGAGGAAGGCGAGGAUCCUUAUCCGGCUGAUGGUAGGCCACCCGUCGAACCCACUACCUGACCUGACCGAAGCGGUGUGGUGUGGGGCCCCAGCUGUAAACUCGAACCGCUGAUCUUUACGCUGCGAACCUGUCACUUGACCCUUUAGCACACUCGGCGCUCAUCCUCGCUCUGGAGGAGAUACGACGCAUGGACAAGUUUGCGACCUACACGCAUCGCGAAAUCUAUUUCUUCACAGAUGGCGAGUCGACAGCCGACUGGGAUCGCUGCGGCGAAACGGUCGAAACGCUCAAACAGGAGGGCGUCGCCGUGCACGUCAUGCAAGUCCCAUCCAUUCAGCUGGCGCAAAUCGUCUCAUGAGAUCAUAAGAACCCCUUUCUCAUGCUGACCUCUCCUCCAAGUUGACUUUGCAGCGGCUUCAACUUUCAAGUCGAUGAUCCUAGCCUCGUACCGGCCAAUGCCACUCGGUCCACGACGAAGGUGAGGAAGGCAAGCAAUGAUCCUCAGCUUCCUGCGUGUUACUCACCAAGGCUCCGAAUGAAACGCCAUAGACCGAAAAUGAGACUCACUGGCGCCAGAUUGUGGAAGACCUCAACACUCCUCUAGAGUCGAAAAACCCUGUGCCUCCUCCUCCUUCGACCCUCGUUUCCUUUUCGCGCUACCUUGAGAUUCUUUCUCGCCCUGUGGUAUCCGACACGAGAUCAGUUGACGUCAACAUGACCUUGACGCUGGGGGACGUCAAGGAGCACCCCGACGAAUCGAUCCGUAUGCACGUCGUCGUCAAGAAAGCCAUCACGGCCGGCAAGACGCCUUCGAUGAAGCAAAUGUCGAUCAAGUCGUUUCCAAAGGCCAAGGUAUCUUACGGAUACGAUACCAGCGCUAAAGCGAGUCCGGUCGCUUCGACUUCGAGAUCGGGACUCCCGGUCGACGUGUCAACGACAACGUCGACCUCGAACGGCGGCGCGAGCAAGUAUCGACUGGGAGAUUUGGGCAAGUCGUUGAAGAGGUGCCUCUCGGAGGAAGGGCUCGAGCUUCCCGCAGAAGACGAUUUGGGGAGCCACAGCGUCAAUCGCGAGAAGCGAUUCUACUACCUCAGGCAAGAUAAUCCCGAAGAAGCGCUCGAGAUCUCGCAAGCCGACCAAGCUGCUGUGGGAAAGGCGAAGGACUUCGUCCAUGGAAGGGGAGGGCAACCUUCGCUAGAUGAGCUGCGGGAUGCCACGGACGCAGACUUGACGGAUGCUUAUGCGUUCGGUGGUACGCUUGUACCUGUGACGUCGAUGGAUGAGGCGAGGGGGAAACUUAAAUAUCUCGAGAUGGGCAUGGAGAUUGUCGGUUUCAUGAAGCAGAAGCAGGUAGGUGGACACCCCUCCGCAACGGCCCGAAAGACGGUGCUGAUUGCGAUCGUACUCUCCACCUAGAUCCGCUACGACUGGCGCCUCGAGGAUGUUCGCUACGUGCACGCCCAAGUUGGCCAAAUUGGUUCAGGAAAAUUGUUUUCGGCCUUCAUCAACGCCAUGGUCGAGAACAGAUCGUCCGCGAUCGUGCGCUUCGUGGGGAGGGGGACUAGGAACAGUACGACGCACGAGAUGAACUUUCCCGAUCCGCAAAUGGGCGUGAUGGUGCCUGUUAUUAGGCAAGGGCUGGAAUACUGCUAUUGGUGUCGCGUACGUGUCACUAUUCUCCCCGUCGUAAGCUUUGGUACCACGUACUGACGGCGCAUCCAUCGCGCACGCAGAUGCCGUUCGCCGAGGACAUGCGCCUCUUCUACUUCCCCUCCUUGACCGAGUUCCGAAACCAGAAAGGAAAGAUCGUCAAGGAGCACAAGUACCUCGCGACACAGGAACAAAAGGAUACGAUGGAUCAGUUCGUUGAUUCGAUGAACCUCGAAGAAGGUACCGGUCCGGACGGGUGAGUCGAAAGAAACAGGGACUGUGGCGAAUUGCGCCGGAGCCGUUUCGCUCACUCGGCGCCUUUCUUCCCCACUUUUCUUCGCUCAGCGAAACAAAAUCAUGGUUCAACAUCCAGGACUCGUAUUCACCCGCGACGCACAAUAUCAACAAUACGCUCAUGUUCCGAUUGACCAACCCGGAAGGCGAGUUGCCACCUGUUCAUCCGGCUUUGACAAAGUACCUCGACCCUCCGACCCAUCUCGUCGAGGCGAAUCGGGAUUUGUUCAAACAGUUGGGGAAGGUGAUGGAUACCAAACUUGGUGAGUUGGGUUCCUUGGUCGAGCUUGGCCCGGAGAAGGGAAGGAGGCUUACCUAACGCUUCCGGUUUGCAGUACCUCCUAAACCGAAACGUAUCGCUCGUGGUAAAGUGCCUUUGACUGUACAAGACGAUCAUAGUGCGAAUCCGAACGAUUUAUUCGCAGACGAGGGCGACGAUGUCGAGAUGGGUAAAACGGGGAUGGGCAAGACUUCGGCGUUGGCGAUGCCUGUGCCACAAGGGUUUGGUGCGGGACCGAUGGAGACGGAUGAGGAUGGGGAGGGGAAAGUGGAGAAGCGGUCUACGCAGGUCAAGGAAGAAGAGACAUCGCAGAGGGAUGAGAAAAUGGUAGUGGUUGAUGAUGAGAAAGGGGUUAAGAGCGAGACGAAGGAGGAGGCGAUCGAUGAAGAGCCCGUCACGGACGAUGAGGGACCGGUCACUGAGGAUGAGGAGCCUGUGACAGAGGAGGAAUGA